AUUUCGUGCAGAAUUUCUCGAAGGAAAGGCGAAAAGGUUUGCACUCGAUAACGAAUUUGUAUUUAUAUGUAUCGAAAAGAAAACGAUAGCUAGCUAUAACUCUCUUUAGAAGCUUGGAUACAUGUAAAAAUACAGUAAAUAAUCAAUAAAACAUUUAAAAUUUAAGUGGUAAUCUGUGUAGGAGCAGCUAAUUUUAUUUGCAGAGAGAACAAAAAAACAUGGAGGAAUCGUAUCGGUGUAAUACAUGUGCGGCGGAUUAUAACCAGGUUGAAGAACUUUUAGAACACGCGCAAUCUCAUACAAACACUGAGCGUGGAGUAACGUGUGUUCGAUGUCAGUUGGAGUUUCCAGACUUGAAUGAUUUUAUUUCCCAUCAUCGAAUAGUUCAUGACGGCAUACAUGAAGUCUUAGAAGAAACUUUAAAGGCUGAGUCAAACAACAUAGAGUUGAUAUCUCCAAACCAAGAGACAUCAGAAUCUGUUAUUCAUCAAGAUGAGACAGUCAAUCAAAUUACGAUCGUCAAUGACGACGGAGAAGCCAUUGGCUUAACGUCAUGUGGUGAGGAAGACAUCACUGUAUCGAGCACUCCGCAAGCUUCAAGUGUCAACUCCAAUACGGUGUCAAGCACAAGGAAGCGAAGGUUACCGUUAAAAUAUCGUGAAGCUAGUUCUGAGACAGUAUGUAAACGGAUUGAACCGGUUUUUUACCCAGUUCAAAAGAAAACAGACAUAGAAAUUGAUGUUACAGAUUUAACGUCGAUCCGAUUAAAGUCUCAAAAUAACAAUCGACAGGAUGACAUCCUGAACUAUCUUCAAAGAGUUGACGAAAAACUCGAUUGCAUCAUAAAACAUUUUAAUGUUCCCUUCUUAUCACAAUUGGCCGAUAAACCAAGCCCGGUAAAUAACUUGGUAACUAGAACGACACAGAAGAAGGCAAACAUUUUUAAACAGUCUCAUUCCUUCCUGGAUAGCAGUCCUAGCGUUACCAUGACUGUACCUCGUCGUUCGUUGCCACGACAAACGACGCGACAAGAUACUGUUACGUACAUCAAUUGCGAAACUCCGCCGCAUGAAAUAACGCAGUAUGUUAUAUCUGACGAUUUAUUGGAGACAACUUAUUUGAAAAGCAGAAACCGCGGAAAUUUCGCAAAAAAUCUCGUGUAUGCAGCUUUUCCGCUGGAAGAGAGAUUAGGACGCAAUUGCUCCGGCAGGCGAAGUGGAUCUUUGUCUGGCCCGAAAGAUCCGUUAGAGCAAGCUAAACUGGAAGCAGUGAAAGAAGCUGUGUUUAAGAAGUUUCCAGCUUUAAACGGUGACGAUGAAGACGCCGUGUGGAAGCGUGAAUGUGUGAUUGCCAUUGAUACUGCACUGCGAAGCGAAAUGAGGACGCGAAUCCUUAAUAUGCAAGCGGUCGCGAAGGAUGACAUGAAAAGAUCGUACGUUAGCAUGCCUAUGUAAAUAGUUUUUUAUUUGUUUUAUUACUUCUAAAGAUUAAAUUUUUAGAAUUGA